AUGUAUCAAUACUUUUAUCAUAGGAAGGAUAUUCCAUCUUGGCUUCAUCAAUCGAGCUUGAAAUAUGGGGACAUAUUUGAAUUGUAUUUUGGAUCUGAUAAAUGCUUGAUGAUUAGUGAUCUGCGAAUAGUCGAACGAGUAAUGAGCCCAGCAAAGGAUGGUAAUUACUUUGUUCGUGUUGCGACUAGAAAAGGAUUAGAUGAGUUGCAGAAGAGCAACAAUGGAAUAUUAUUUAAUGAAGAUUUCAAUUCUUGGUCCUAUAUUAGGAAAGUUUUAAUCAGAGCCACAGUGUCACCUAGUGCUUUAAGGUUUGCCGUAACCACACUCAAUAACGUUUUUCAUGAUUUAGAAAAGCUAUGGGAUAGUUUGAUCGAAGAACAAGGACAAUUUUUGCAUGAUGAGCAAGAAAAAUCGGUAGAAAUUGAUUUUGCAACUUGGGCAAAAAGAAUUUUCGCAGAAACUACAAUGUUACUGAUAGUUGGCCGACAACCUAAUUUAUUAUCAACUUACUAUAACAGAAUCACAAAUAAAAAUAACAUUCAAAAAAAUUCAAAUGAAGAAUUUUUGGAUCGUUUGGCUAUUGCAUCUGACUGUGUGCAAUAUUAUGUAUCAGUUCCAUCAUUCAUACUGUUAAGAAUCAGGCCUGUUACAGCAACGAUUUCACGUUUCUCGACACAUUCCGAUCAAAUUGAUGAGUACAAAAUUCCAUUAUCAACACAAUUAGCGAUAAAUAUGAUGGGUAAAAGAUGUGGCUUUCAGAACAAUUUGAUGUUUCCUUCAGAUUUGUUCCAAAUAGUUUCUGGUUUAUUUCAGUCAUGUACUGGAGAUGAGAGAAACUGA